AAGCGACUACACCAAAUAUACUCUGCACGUCUGAGGUCUGAGCACACUUUGAAGCGCUAGCUAACUAACUUCGACUGGCUGCUUUUGAGACAUUUUAUUCCCUUUUUGCUUGAACAAAAUGGCAUCGUUCACCCGAUACAGCACAAAAGAAGAUACAUCAGAGGAGGGGGAACUGGAAAGUGAAGACGAUGGAGACUCAGGAGGAGAGAGUUUUCUCGCAGACGAAGAGGAAUUUGUUCCAGAUGAGGAUUUUGAUGAUUACCAACAAGAUGAUGAAGAGCCUAGCACCUCUUCUGGAGGACAAGGUGGCAGCCCCCCUGGUGAAAAGUCUAUCACCUCUGCUGCAGGACAAGAUGCCAGCCCCCCUGCUGAAGAGCCUAGCACCUUACCUGCAGGAAAAGAUGCCAGCCCCCCUGCUGAAGAGCCUAGCACCUCUCCUGCAGGAGAACAUGUGAGGGCCGCUGCUGAAGAUACUACCACCUCUGCUGCAGGACAAGAUGCCAGCCUCUAUGUUUCUACAGAAAGAGAGCAGCCCCCCCAGCAUGGGAGAGCUCGUAGACGGACUAGACGACGAUCUCCUUCUCCACCACACAGCAGGGCACAGGGAUCCAGGUCCAAACGUGCACGACGAUUAUCAAGUGGCUGGACCAAAACCACAUCCGGAUCUCCUCGUAAGCCAAAACCAGUAUACUCAGCCACUUCCUGGAAAACUGAGGAAGAUCCUGAUGUAUGUCCAGAGCAAAGAAGGUUUGUCCCAGCAAGACCCCCCGGACAUAAACUGAACCCGGACAAAACGUACACACCGAUGGACCUUUUCAAACUGUUUUUCAGCAAUGAAGCAGCUCUAACCAUUUGUCAUCACACAAAUAAACAAGCUGCUAAAAACAUUGCAAAAGGAAAAAAAUAUUCAUGGACUAACAUCACCAUGGAGGAGUUUUUCAGGUAUGUGGGACUGACUUUCUUUAUAGCAUUGGUGAAACUGAGUACGAUCAGAGAUUACUGGAAAAAAAACACAAUCUUCAGUGUCCCAUUUCCAGCCAAUAUCAUGGUACGGGACAGGUAUCAGGUGAUAUCUUGGAACAUCCACAUGAGUGAUCCUGAGGAAGAUGUUGAGAAUGACAGAAAGAAAGGGACACCAGAUCAUGACCGCCUGUUUCGACUGAAGCCCCUCCUGGACACCAUCAAAAAUGCUUGCUUAGCAUAUUACCACCCCAGGCAGAACCUUGCGAUUGACGAGAGGAUGGUGGCGACAAAGGCCCAUACUGGAAUGACGCAACACAUGAAAGCGAAGCCGAUCAAGUGGGGUUUCAAGCUCUUUGUUUUGGCUGACAGCAGCAAUGGCUACACUGUGGACUUUACUGUGUACACUGGAAAGUCACAGUUUGUCUCAGGCGUUGGACUUGCAUAUGACUCUGUGAUGUCCCUGAUGAACAAAGAAUAUCUGGGCAGUGGCUUUCAUCUCUAUGUGGAUAAUUUCUACACCAGUCCAAAACUCUUCAAGGAUCUGUUUAACCUGAAUGUCGGAGCAUGUGGCACAUACAGAGGCAAUAGAAAAGAUGUUCCCCACACAGAAUUGAAUGUGCUGAAGAAAAAUGCUCCUAGAGGCUCCAUCAGGUGGAUCCGUGAAGGCCCACUGGUUUUUGUGAAGUGGAUGGACACACGUGAGGUCUCUAUCUGCUCUACAAUCCACCCGGCAUUCUCUGGAAACACUGUGAAGAGGAGAGUCAAAACACGGGGUGGCGACUGGACCACCAAAUGCUUUCCAUGCCCAACACCUAUCAGGGAUUAUAACAAGCACAUGGGCGGUGUUGAUAUGUCUGACCAGCUGAUACAGUAUUACUCUGUACAUCACAAGAGCAUGCGCUGGUACCGGACCUUGUUCUUUCACUUCCUGGACAUUGCAGCCACAAACAGCUACCUCCUCCACAAGGAGCUUUGCAGAGAGAAGCAGGAGGAACCCAUGAGCCACAGGGACUUCCUGCAGGAGCUGACAGCCCAGUUGUGUGGUGUCACAGUUAAAACCCCUCCUGCCCAGACACGCAGUAGCCACGUACCUGUAGCUAUCGCUAAAAUACUUGAUGUAAGCAGGAAGGCCUCGUAUGGACGCAGGCCCUGCGUAAACUGCAGACAGACCAGGAAGGCCAAACAGGCUACCCCCUGGAAGUGUAAGGAGUGUGAUGUGGCCCUAUGUGUCAUUUCAGACAGGAACUGCUUUGAGGCAUGGCACAGCUAACGUUUUGGACAAAAAGGAACUGGGACUUGACUAAAAGAAUGUAAACAGUCUUUAAUCUGUGUUUGCUACAAUGUUGGUUUUUCCCCACUGAUCACCAAGGCCCUAGUCUGGCUCAACGGAUGUACAUUGUGGUAGAGGUUUGGCAAACUAAAAAGUAGCCUAGAUUGGGAACCUGUGCCAUCACGGCACUAAAUCCAACUUGUAUUGCAGGCAGUGUUCGCCAGUAGCGUUACUAGUUUAACCUCUUCUCAAUAGCGUCGCUGUUUUCUGAAUCAAAUAGCUUUUCAUUAGCAUAGCUCUGUUAUUGAUCAAGUAGCGCCGUAGCAUCCACACAAGUUUGUACAUUUCCCCAAGCUUUUCUGAAGCUCAAACACACUGGAGCUAUCUUAAAAUAAAAAUAAAACUGUGCUGCCGAUAAGGAAAUGAGGUGCAUUAUUGCCACCAUGUGAUCUUGAAUCACUACACUCUCAUUAUGGGCUCUCUCAUUGCUCUCACUCAGGAGCGGCUGAGAUAAGUGCGACACCUAGUGGUACAUUUUGGAACACUGAUCCAGUCCGGUGUUUGGCUUGAUAUCAAACCAGUAUUAAUUUUUUAACACCAGCCCUAAUUGAUCCUUCGCUAAGCCCCGCCCUCCUUAGUUACUGUUGCUACGCCUGACAAGCUUUGGUGCCUGGCACGUCUAUUAUACUAUGUAUGCACCGGUGUCAGACAUUCCCAAGGAGAUAAUUAGUAAUUUUUGGCAAACAGGUGAAAUAUCUGAGAGAGCAAGACAAAGGGGACUGCAGUAUGCAUUCGAGGGAUGUAUCCAUGACAUAAUAUGCAACCGAUUAGAGAAUAAUUUCAUCAAAAUUGAAGCUAAAUCUAUAGGUCAUGCCUCAUACGCUGACUAUUCAAAUGGAAUCACACACAUUGAGGAACAGCUAUGUUCAUGCACAGCAGGGGAAGUGAAAUUUGAAAAUAAUCUAAUAAUUAUAAAUCAAACAGCUUAUCCAUAAAUCUUGUGGAAUAAACACAAGACAUUAGCCUGAACACUUUGCAAUGAUAACAUUCUACUGCUUAUAUUUUUAGCGAUUAACAAAAUCCUGAAAUAUAUUUUAAAGUAUGUCAGUGAGCCUCAGUCUUGCCUUUAAUCAUUUUUAGGACAAUUCCGGUUAACCGUUAACAUUUAGGGACCCUCAUUAGGCUACCGUUGAAGUGUGGUGAUAUUUUGAGCCUUUUAUUUGAGCCGAUUUUUGUCUUUACUUUCCCUGUUUCCCCCGAAUACUAGCGUUGUAAGCUAAUCAGCAGUCCACGCUAGCUUGUUUCAAGCUACAAACACAUUAGAUUAGCAUGAAAACAUGUCCCAGAGAGCGAUCGAGUGGGUACACAUCUGUUAUCCCCUAGGUUUAUUUUGCGCCGGAAUUGUCCUUUUAUUUUACGUUCAAAUAUAUGCAUUAUGAACAAAGAACAUAAUUAUUUCCAAGCAAUGCUAUGCUGAGUUAACUAGCUAGCUAACAUUAGCGUGUUCUUGCCUUGGAGCAAACGUACGUAGGUGUUUCUGUUAAUCUUUUGACAUUUAACUAGUUGUGAAUGGGGCCUCCCACACUGCUUGAUCCACGCCCGGCAUUUCUCCCCUUGGGUUUUAGGUUUCGGGAAGGGAAAAAAUUCCACCACCCUGUCCAAACUUUUAGGAUAACGGGUAUCAGAUUUGCACAAUCCAUACACACAACGCUUCGGCAUGUUUCCCUCACUCGAACGCUUGACAGACCUCCCGCACCGAGUUAUGGUUGUUAAGCCACCAUUGGCCUGUGGCGGUUUUCGGGCGUGGAAUAAAGCCCCGCCCAGGACAGUUGUGAUUGUUUUAAAGAAAUAAACAACCUGAUUGUUUGUUUGUUUUUCCGAUCCCAGUAUAGAUAGGUGGUGUAGCCAGACUUUACUACAGCACUGACACAGCGACGUAGAUAGGUUUGACAAUGCGAGACUACCAAGGCCUAGAAAAACAAAUCUCAAAAGCCAAAAGUCUUGUUCACUAUUGUUUUAUGUAUGAUUUUUAAAUGAAUAUCUGUGAUUUAACUUUUUAUUUUGUCUUCAUGAUCAUAUAACUAUACACUCAUGGGACAGCAUACAUAUUCUGACAGCCCAGUUUUUCUUUAAAUAAAAUGUAUAUAACCUGA